AUGGAAACACAGAAUCUAACUGUGCCAAAUGAAUUCAUCCUCACGGGAAUCACAGACCACCCUGAACUGCAGGCUCCAUUAUUUGGGCUCUUCCUCAUCAUCUACAUAGUCUCACUGGUGGGCAACUUGGGCAUGGUCAUCCUCACCAAGGUGGAUUCCAGCUUUCAAACCCCCAUGUACUUCUUUCUCAGACAUCUGGCUUUUACCGAUCUUGGUUAUUCCACAACUGUAGGACCCAAAAUGUUAAUAAAUUUUGUUGUGGAGCAAAAUUCAAUCUCCUAUUAUUUGUGUGCCACACAGCUGGCUUUCUUCAUCAUGUUCAUCAUUAGUGAACUUUUGAUUCUGGCAGCAAUGUCCUAUGACCGCUGUGUGGCCAUCUGUAACCCCUUGCUCUACCCUAUCAUCAUGUCACAAAGGGUGUGUAGGGUGCUGGUGACAAUCCCAUAUCUCUAUAGCACAUUCUUGUCUCUUCUAGUCACUGCAAAGAUUUUUACUUUAUCCUUCUGUGGCCAUAAUGUCAUCAAACAUUUCUACUGUGACAGUCUCCCCUUGAUAUCUUUGCUCUGUUCAAAUACACAUGAAGUUGAACUGAUUAUCCUGAUCUUUGCAGGUGUUAAUAUGAUUCUCUCCCUUCCAAUAAUUCUUGUGUCUUACCUGCUCAUCCUUGCAGCCGUUCUCAGGAUGAACCCUGCUGAAGGUAGGCACAAGGCUUUUUCUACCUGUGGGUCCCACCUGACCGUGGUCACAGUGUUCUUUGGGACUUUAAUAUUUAUGUAUGUGCAACCAGAGUCCAGCCAUUACUUUGACACUGAUAAAGUGGCAUCUAUAUUUUAUACCCUUGUUAUCCCCAUGUUGAAUCCCUUGAUCUAUAGCUUGAGGAACAAAGAUGUAAAAUACGCACUACGAAAGAUGUGGAAAAAGCUACGCAACUCUUUCUCUUAA